ACUGCAUCGAUAAGCAUGAAGUGAUCCUUGUCUACGAGUUUAUGGUCCAUGGGUCUCUCUACCAUCACCUCUAUGAAACCAACAAGUAUUCACUUAACUGGGAAAAGCGGCUUGAGUUUUGCAUUGGUGUUGCACGAGGACUGCAAUACCUCCAUGCAGGUGCAAGGCAAACAAUCAUUCAUCGCAACCUAAAGCUGGCCAGUAUUCUGUUGGACGAGAAUUGGAAUGUGAAAGUGGCAGUCGACACUGAAUCAAGUACAUGCACCGUGGGAUAUAUGUAUCCAGAAUACCUUCACAGUGCUAGAUUAACUACAAAAUCCAAUGUGUACUCAUUUGGUGUCAUCUUACUUGAACUAUUGUGUGGUAGGAAGCCAAUGAUCUAUUCAAGGGACGAGGAUCAAGUGAAUUUAGUUCGCUGGUUCAAAACUAAUAUCGAAAUGGGUACCAUCGAUCAGAUCAUUGAUCCGUAUCUAACUGACAAAAUAGCACCAGAAUGUUUGAAAGAAUAUGUCAAGAAUGCUGAAAAUUGCGUGUGCGAUGAGGGGAUUGAGCGUCUACCGAUGGAUGAUGCAUUGGGUAACCUCCGGUAUGCACUGCAACUGCAGGAGACUUGGCGGAAUAGUAAUGAACAUGAAUCAGAUAAAAUUUCGGUGAUUGACAAAGGGAGGGUUCUCACGAUGAGCAGCAAGCCACCUUGAGGUAGGUUGCCCGCUGACUGAAGGCUGAAGAUGUAUAAACUGGGUUUUAAGCAGCUAGCUGCACCAUUUGUGGCUAAUCAUAAGACAAACAAGAAAUAGGUCUACUGUGUGGUUUACUGGCUCUACAUAGGGGUUUUAAAUAUUCCUUCUAUUUGCAGGUUCUUCUACGUUGUCUCCCCAAGUUACAUGUUGUCAUGAUGGUUGAACUAUUAUAGCUUUUGUUCAGUAAUAAAAAUUGUGUUCCUGCUUGUAUGACAA